AUGGCCUCAGCAACCUCAUCCUCAGCUAUGAUUCCACCGGGGUCGCCGAUCCAGGCUCCUGCCGAGAAACCAGGCGCGCCGCCCAUCAAUAUCCUUCCCUCGAAGCUGUCGCAAGUUUACUCAUAUGUGCACCCAGUGCUUCUCCUGACACUAUGUGCUGUUCGGUUUGAGAAGUUGGUUGCGGACCCUGUGCAGGAACUUUUGAGAGACCUGCCAUGGCUGGCUUUGCUUCAGAUCUCUUACGUGAUGCUCUGUCUUCCACCAGCCGGGUCAACACAAGCCACCGAAACCGUCUCUGACGGCGAAGAGAAGAAGAAGGCUGCACAGCGCUCACCUUCUAGCCCUUCUAUGACUUUGCGCCCCGGCAAGCCUGGAUACCGGCGAAAGCAUCAAAGCGGGAAGCUCGACUUGGCCGGAGCACUCGCCAAAAUCAUGCCUGCUUUCCUCUCUCUCGCCAUAUCCUCCCUAAUCGCAACCCCGAUUCUGGCCGUGCUCCUAGUUUUGUUCGGUGCCCCGCUGACGACACACAACCCCGAGACCGUGCUUUGCGCCGCCCACAUGGCCCUGCUCUCCGCAACUGCCUUGGUCUACGCCCACGGUGUGGAUGGUCAUAUAUGGAAAGAGGUCUGGGGAAUCGCUCGGCCCGUCGAUGCAGUCUGGGGCAGCGCUCUGGGCACUGGACUGGGCGCAUGGUUCGGGGCCAUUCCUAUCCCACUGGACUGGGACCGCCCAUGGCAAGCCUUUCCCAUCACCAUCUUGGUAGGAGCAUAUGUCGGUCAUGCCCUGGGAUCAUUGGUGUCCCGCGCGCCGUUGCUGUACGGCAAGCGGAUUCAAUUUGCGCCCGUGGGGACUGAAGAGGCAGAGAAGAAGACAAAUUGA